CGGACAGACGGAUAUUCCCACAAAACAACUAGGUCUCACAUUCCACUAAACAGCUUUAUCUCACCGAAACUACGGCGAAUUCUCCAGCAUGCUUCCUUACCUCUGUCUACUGAUGAUUUCCGUUGCCAUGGCAAUGGAACAGGACCAAGCCAAUAUCCCCCACGGGUACCUGGUGCCCAACCCCUGCUACCCUACCGUGCACUGGUCGGCGGUCGGACACACUCACCACUUUACAGGCUCCCAGACUGACCUCAACCAAUUCGGCAAGGACUUCAAGGAGGCCGGGUUGAAAUGGACGCCUGAGCUUUGCUUCAAGGAUUCGGACGGAGACGGCUGGACAAACGGGCACGAGCUUGGCGACUCACGCUGUGUGUGGAUGAGGGGCCAACCAGAGGAAGAACCAGUCAGAAGUCACCCAGGUAUCAACGAACAUACACACGUCUGCACUUGAGAUGCCUUUCUAGACCCGACAACAAGCAGUGAAGUCACAAACUGAAUUAAAACCUAUUUUCAGAA